AUAUUCUGAAGGACACUCAGCUUAUUCCUAGUAUGGGGAGUCUGAGCAGACAGCUCCUGAGCAAGGCCAGCUGAUGUGGCCUGCUUAUGCUCACAGUCAUCCACUGAUUGUCUUCUCCCUGCUAGAAAUAAACUCCCUGGCAGGCUCUGUGAUGGGGCCACAGUAGGUGUGAUGGCAGGCUUGCCAUUAACCCACUUUUGCCAUGUUGGUGCCUCUGCAUUCCUGCUGCCACCCUGAUACCCUGCCCAGAGUUCAGCUGCCCUUUUCUAUGAUGCCUCGACUGCCCUGAGAGCUGAUGAUGAGCAGCACUUUUUGAGGGUCCCUUCACAAAGUGCUGGUGGCCAAGCCUCUCCUGUUAGAGCUGUCAGCAGCACCUCACCCCCCCAGCGAGCGCGCCUUCUCGCUGCGUUCUCUCCCUGCUUUUUUCUUCCUUUGUUUUGGAACUUGAAACUGUAUGAAACCCAAGCAUGUUCUUUCUCCUUUCUCGAUGGCUUUCUAGCACUUUUCAGCUAACAAGGUUGUAUUUAUUUUAUCCUGCAUGCUUACCAGUGGAUCGUAAAGGUGGGAAUGCUCACAUGACUGCACCCUCUUCAGUUUCUAGCCGAACCUUUAACGCUAAUCAUACCGGUAUGUUAGGUCACGCAUGUAAACAUAAGAAGCCCUUAUCAGCUGCCAAAGCCUGCAUUACUGAAAUCCUCCCUUCCAAAUUCAAACCCAAACUAGCAGCAGCUCCAGCUGCUCUCGGGCAGGACAAGAAGGGUAUCCUGCUGUCUCAGGAGAAAGCUCAAAGCUGCGAAAACCUUCGUAGCUCCGUUGCCUUGUUUGAGCACCAGAAAGCUUUCAUGGUAGGCGUAGGGGAGAGCCUAGAAAACGUGUUGAUGAAGUCCAAGCAGGAGUAUGCCAUCAAAUCUGGCAGCACCCUCAGUCUGCAGGAGUAUGGCACCAACCCUCCGAAAGGCUCCCUGUUCCCUGCCCCCAGGAAGAUGGAGUUCACAGUGCUGUACAAAGACAUGCACCAGAUCAACCGGGCCAGGAUCCAGUUGAGCGCCGUCUCCUCCUGCAGCGUCAGGGACCUCGCCUCCCAGUUUGAGAACGAAGCCAAGGACAGGCUGGAGCACGGCCUUAGUCGAGAGGAGUCCGAGCAGAUCCCCAAGGACACCGUGUCCUCCCGUGUCAGUGCCUUCGAGCAGCUGAUCCAGAGGUCCAGAUCCAUGCCCUCGCUCGACUUCUCCGCCGUGCAGAACAGAUUCACCGCUUCCCUCCGGCCUAAAGCCUGCCUGACUUCUGCCUACUCCGCGGAGUUCCUGCUGGAGCUGCCGAAAGCCCACCAGGAGGAGAAGGAUGCUGCCAGCUUGGCAGAGAAAUCCUCCCGUUCCUGCAGCAACGUGGAGGACACGGGGUCGGAUGGCAGCGAGGCCAUCCCCAUGGACACGCUUUCGGCCUGCACGGAUGAGGUCGAUCUCCUCUCAAACGCCUCCAACGACAGUGGCGGCAGCAGCAACCUCAACGGGCCCCAGAAGCAUAAAAUCAGCAGGUGCAAAGGCUCGUGCCCAGCCUCCUAUACCAGGUUCACUACCAUCCGAAGGCACGAGCAGCAGCAGCAGCAGGCCUCCAGGAACCCCGGUUCCAAAGGGGAUGUCUUUGGGGACGGGCGCCUGCUCCCCAGAAACGUCUACCUGAUGAGCCCGCUCCCCUUCCGGUUGAAAAAGCCCUUCCAACACAAGUCCUGCAGGACUCCACCCCCAGACUGCCUGGGAAACCUGGCAGUGCCCAGCCCUGAGAACCCAGCUGACCCCAUCCAGCUUCAGGGGAAUGUAGGAGACAAGAGUCACCACUCCCAGCACCAGCUGUGCUCCAGAAGCAGGCCUCUAGCCCCCAGGCGCCUGUCCUCCUAUGACAUUGUGGAGAGGCUUAGCUGCUUCCCCACCACAGCAUCUAGCAGAGAUAGCUUCAUGGGCCGGGCUGCCACUCCUGACUCCUUAAACAAUGGGAACCCUGGUCCAUAUGCCCUCUCCCACAGCCUGGACACAAACAACAACCCGCAAAACGAGCUUGGGAUGUACCCCCGAGGUGGCUUUUUGUGUUCUUUACCAGUGUCCCUUCAUCCGUCGUCUGGCUUUCCUCCCUCACCCCUUUUCCUUCCACAACCCUUGCAUUUUGAGUCCCCACCUUUGCAUCCCCCUCCUCUCUCUCUCCCCUCUCCCCCCCGGGUGUGUCUCGUGUCCCUUGCGUGUCUUGCUGAGCAGUUUUGAUCAGGACUCAUGAAAAGCUCUGAGAAACAAUUCCAGCUGCCUUGCUGGGUUCAGUUGGGUCUCUCGGGCACCUCCAGGGGUGCAAAGAAUCUCAGUAAGAGAGAUUUCUGCUGCUGGUUUGCUGUGAGGAGCAGUUUCUCAAGUUGUGUGUGCCUGUGUGUGUGUGUGUGUAUUAAACUCUUCUCGACAGUAAAAUGCCAGACCAUGGUUUGAUGGCAUCAAACCUUCUCUUUGCCAAGUCCUUCUAUGUCUUUACUCUUUCUGUUAUUUUACUCCUUGUUUUGGGGAUCUUUGUUCGCAAGUACAGCCCAAAAGGGAAAAAAAUGCAAAGGGCUAAAUUACUGACAUCUGAUUGGCAACUGGGUCAAGGGCAGUUGAG